AACACGAGUACCUGGCGUUGUGGAAUUUUAGUGCCAUGUUACUUAAUGGUGAUAGUGACGUCGUUGGUGAAGCAGCUAAGUUUCAUAAGCCGGGGGAAAACUACAAAUCCCCUGGAUAUGUAGUUACUAAAAGCACCAUGAGACUACUGAAAGAACAUAUGAAGCAAACAGGUGGUAAAGUGGUUACCAGGUUCCCUCCGGAGCCGAACGGUAUUUUGCACAUUGGUCACGCUAAAGCAAUCAACUUCAACUUUGGUUAUGCAAAGGUGAUUCAAAUAAAUUGUACUUAAACGAAUCUAGAAAAAUGGUGGUAUAACUUACUUGCGGUAUGAUGAUACUAAUCCUGAGAAAGAAGAAGCGGAGUUUUUCGAGGCCAUCGAAGAGAUGGUCAGGUGGUUAGGCUUUACGCCUUACAAAAUUACUCACGCCUCGGACAAUUUCCAGCAGUUAUAUGAAUGGGCAAUUAAACUAAUUAAACUGAAGCUAGCAUAUGUAUGCCAUCAGGCCGUUGAAGAAAUACGGGGUUUUAAUCCUCCACCAUCUCCAUGGAGGGAUAGACCAGUUGAAGAGUCCUUACAACUCUUUGAGGACAUGAAAAAUGGAAAGAUUGAUGAAGGGCAAGCUACUUUACGUAUGAAAGUGACAUUAGGAGAUGGAAAAGUUGAUCCAGUAGCUUAUCGUAUCAAAAUGACUCCUCAUCAUCGUACAGGUACUAAAUGGUGCAUUUAUCCUACUUACGAUUAUACGCAUUGUCUGUGUGAUUCCAUCGAGAAUAUUACACAUUCGCUAUGUACUAAAGAGUUCCAGUCCCGACGUCCUGCUUACUAUUGGCUUUGUAAUUCGCUAGAUAUUUACUGCCCGGUUCAGUGGGAAUAUGGUCGUUUAAACUUGUAUUAUAGUGUGGUGUCCAAACGCAAAAUUUUAAAGCUCAUUGAAGCUGGGAUUGUAAAUGAUUGGGAUGACCCACGGUUAGUAACUCUGACAGCACUUCGUCGACGUGGAUUUCCACCUCAAGCUAUUAACAUAUUUUGUGAACGCAUUGGUGUCACUAUGGCUCAAACAACUCUCGACCCUUCAGCUUUGGAUGCUUGUGUGCGAGACUAUUUAAAUGAUCAUGCUCCACGUGUGAUGGCUGUUUUAGAGCCAAUUAGCGUCACAAUUACCAAUUGGUCAGAAUUGUAUGGUGAUGUUUCUUCUACUGAGCUUACUGUGGCCGAUUUUCCUGCCUUGGCGGAUAGUAAGACUCAUAGUGUUUACUUACAGCCGGAACUGUACAUAGAAAAUACAGAUUUCCAGGAAGUUGGGGAUAAAGGAUAUCGUCGUUUAACACCUAACCAACCGGUUGGUCUUCGUUACACAGGUCUUGUUCUAGAGUUUUCUGAAUUAAAGAAGGAUUCCAAUGGAAAAAUUGUUCAUUUAUCCGUGAGAGGACGAAAGGUCGAAGAGUCUACAAAACCAAAGGCUUUUAUACACUGGGUAUCCAACCCUAUACGAUUUGAGGCCCGGUUGUAUAACCGACUAUUUACCGCCAAAGAACCAGAAAACGAAAAAGGUGGAUUCUUGUCUGUGAUUAAUCCAAAUUCAUUGAUCGUGAUUCCAGAUGCUCUGGUCGAACAGUCUGUUAAAAAUGCAGAGGUUUACAGUGCAUAUCAGUUUGAACGCAUUGGUUUCUUUUCUGUGGAUCCGGAUACAAAAUCAGAACGUGUAAGGUUUUUAUAUUCAAUGAUAAAUAUUAUUUGUGUAAUGUUUAUUAUGUAGGAAAUUGUUAUAUCAAGGUGGACUCAAAUAAUCUAGAAAUCAUCUUCAUUCCGCUGCUCGUCCACUUCUGUUGACUGUUGAUAUGAGCCGUAUAAGAAGACACAGUCUUCAUAUUUGGAGUACUCAAAACUAUUUGAAUCAAUGGUUGGAGACUUGGUUGCGUAGCUGUAAAACUACACACACUGGUGCAGAAGUAUUCACUCUUUGGUGUCCUCCAAAGCUCAGAUAUUUUUCUUUUAUUUCCUCCUCCCACACAUUUUCAUCUACUUUAGUUUCACUUUCGAUCCAUUUCUUUGCAUGUUGGCGUGAAGUCUGACAGCUCAAACCGAUGCACGUCUGUGCGAUGUUUCCAUCUAUCUUUCUCCACUAAACAUUACGAAUUGUCAUGGCUACUUACCAUUGAAGUGGGAAAUUUCCGUAGUAAUUCGCACUUUUUCAGAAUUGUGUCUAAAUUAUUUCAACUUAUAUCUAUUUCUUAGCUUGUUUCACUUAUUAUAACUUCAAAUCUUGACAGGUGUAACUUACUUUCAAAUAAUUAGUAUUACUGACAGGCAGGUGUAUUAUUCUGAACCAUUCUUAAACAGUUGUCCCGUGCCAACGGGCCUUUGCAAACCGAGGUAAAAGUAUUCGAUAUUGUCACAAAAGUUCAUAGUGUCCUUAAGUAAGAUGACAACAUUUUGUCUCAUUGUUCUCUCAUCAACUGUAAAUGACCAUUUCCUUCGAAUCUUCAAUAUUCUAGUGCUCUAUAUAUUUUAUCCUGUCUCACUUAGUUUCUAUUACUGUUCCCUAGCUUAUUACCAUUUUCGAGUUUCUUGCUGUGUUCGUAUGAAGUGGGACAACCUGGAGUAAGAUACAUUUGUAUCGGGUCCGAAAUUGUUGUUAUAUAUAUGUCGGAAAAUUAGUUUGAGUAGUUUUCGAGAUAUAGUCUUUGGUGUGAUAUUUUUCCACAAACUUAUUCAGAUGAGGAAAAGACAUAAGUAACAGAUGACUAAGUUUUUGUUAGUUUUGUGACUGACAAGAAGUGAUUCUAACUUACAUUCCAUCUAGCAUAUUCUAGAAAUAGUGAGAAGGUCAACCGUAGUUGAAGUAAUUUUUAUAAAUUACCCAUUUGUAUUUACUUUAAUCACUUUGUUCUUUUGGUAUUUCAGAUGAUUUUUAAUCGAACUGUGGCUCUUAAGGCAGAUCCUGGCAAGACCGUGUGAUCUGUAAUUAGUUUUCAGGGUCGUGAAUCUUGUGUAUGAAUUUGAGCAGUAUACAAAUUACUAUAUAUUGUAUAAUAUAUUUUCUAUGUGGC